CUAAAUUUUAAAGCUUCACACUUAUUUUAUGAGAUGUCUGAACCAAACAUUUCUUAAGAAAAUACAAAUCCAUAAUUUUAAAAAUACCCAGAAAUUCACAUGAUGAAAAAAAAUUCAUUUGAAAUUUUUUAUGAUGAAGAGGCUGACAUGAAAGAAAUUGAAGAAGAUUAAUAAGAAUUUUAAAGAAAUUUCGAAGAGCUUUAAGGAAUUUUCAUUGACAAUUAAUGUUUUAAGAAGAAUUCACUAGUAAAAUUAGAUUCAUGGUAUUCUGAAGGUGGUAGAAAAUCAAACACAGACUUAUCUUCUGAUAUCGAUUUCACUUAAAUUUGCCAACAACAUGGUUUUCAUUUUUGCUCUAUAUGUCAUCAACCAAAACCACAACCAUAACCUAUAUCUAAAUCAAAAAUACUCUUUCCAGAAAAAAGUUUCUGUAGAUAUAUCCUUUUAUAUGUGUUUCGCACUAUAGAAAAUCCACUAUAUGCUGAAAUUAUUAGAGAUAUUUGUUGUAGGCACUAAAUAAAAUACGACGAUUUUAAAGAUUACUAUAAACAAUAAAGAAUCUUAAUUAUGGGCUACUAAGCUUUAAAAAAAGAAUUGAUUUAUGAUAAAGAUGAUAUUCUUAUUUAGAAUCGUAAGAAAGCAUUUAAGAAUAUACUUGUUUGGUAUUUUGAUAAACUUGCUACUAAACACAUCUUGUUAAGCAAAAAGCAAGACUUUAAAGGAUAUCUAAAAUUUAAAAAUUUUGUUAUGUCUUAUUAUAUUCAUGAUCCAAAAAAUUGGGCUGGAAACAAGCCUGAAUGGAAAUGAAUAUUAAUUUAUAAUAAUAU